AUGGCAGCUUAUGGAGCUCUGGUUUCUCUUAUGAAUAUCUUGGAUACACUUGAGAACCAUCCUUCCCCUCCCAUUUUUAUCCACAAACAACAAAUUGAGUCUCUCACUCAAAUUGUUACCUUCUUGCUGGUGUUUCUUGAUGCUUAUACUUCCCCUGUUGUUGUUGAUGGCCGUGAAGCUGAUCCAUUGGAGCGUCGCAUUGCUGAUGCAGUUUAUGCAGCUGAGGAUGUUAUCGAAUCCCAGAUUGUAGUUCGAAUUGACAAACGAUCCCCAAUCGUUGAGGGUCAUGGAUUUUAUCAAGAUCUGCAGAAAGUGAUUGAAAAAUUGAAUUUGAUCAAAAUUGAAGUGGAGAAGAUUGCAGUGGAAGCGAAUCUGCAGCAGAAGUCCGUUGCUGCCUUGACAUCUUCUUCUACUGUGAAGGAAAACGUGAUGGUGGGCUUUGAGGAAGUGUUUCUUGAUGUUUUGGAUAAGCUCACCGGAGAUCAACUCAGCCGCCAAAUCAUCCCCAUCACGGGGAUGGGCGGAAUUGGUAAGACCACUCUUGCCCGAAGUUUAUUUGAGAAUGCACUUGUUAAGGAGCAUUUUGAUAUUCGUGCUUGGACUACAAUUUCUCAAACUUAUAAUGUUAGAGAAACACUUAGAGAAGUUCUUUUCCAAGCUAGUGGUGAUUCAAGUAGUGAUCUGAGUGAGAAAGAAUUGGGAGAAAAAUUACACAAGUUUUUACAUGGUAGAAGGUAUCUUGUGAUAAUGGAUGAUAUGUGGAGUGUAGAUGUGUGGGAGAAGAUAAGAUUUUUCUUUCCUGAUAUUGGAAAUGGGAGUCGGAUAAUAGUGACAACUAGGUUGUCAAACUUGAGUUCUCAAUUGAAUAAGUCGUAUAGAGUUGGUAUGAAUUUUUUAGAUGAAGCUAAUAGUUGGGAUUUGUUUUGCAAAACUGUAUUUGGGAAAGAAAGUUGUCCUCUAGUGUUGGAGAAAAUUGGGAAGAAUAUUGUAGUAAAUUGUAAAGGACUUCCUUUAUCAAUUGCUACAAUAGGAGGUCUUUUGGCAAAGUCUGAGUUCACAAGACAAUAUUGGGAGUUUAUAGAGCAAAAUUUGAAUUCAAUUGUUAUUAACAAUGAUGAUGAAUUUUGCUUAAAAACAUUGAGGAUGAGCUAUGUCUAUCUACCAAACUAUUUGAAGCCAUGUUUUUUGUAUAUGGGUGUUUUUAAGGAAGAUCGUAGUAUCCGUGUGUCAAUGCUCAAGAAGCUGUGGAUUUCUGAAGGAUUUUUGAAACCAAGCAGGGGGAAAUGUUUGGAAACAAUUGCGCAUGAGUACUUUAAGGAGUUGGUUGAUAGAAAUCUUGUUUUAGUUGAUCUAUUGGGGUCUAUUGGAAAUGUUUACUAUUGUAAAAUUCAUGAUUUGUUGAGAGAUUUGUGUUUGAAAGAAGUUGAAAGGGAAAGUUUUUAUCAUGUCGUAAGAGAUGGUCCUCCGACCAAUAAUAGUGAACGUCGGGUUGUUUUUCCACCUAAAACUGUGUGGUUGUCAACAAAUGAAGUCUUGGGACUUUUGUCACAUGUUCGUUCCAUAAUAUGUGAUGACAUCCAUGGAAUGUGGAAGGCAGAGGGGGGUGGAGAAGUUCAACUGCCUCAAAAUCUCAGAUUGUUGAGGACACUCCAUGCAUAUGAAGAUUGUUGGGAUUAUUUUCUAGAUAAUGUGUUUGAAUUGGUGAACUCACGGUACCUUUCGGUUAGCCUUCAUGAGAAUUCCAAAUUCCCUACUUCGAUUGAUCAGCUUUGGAAUCUAUACACAUUGAUUAUUAGUUGUUCGGAUCAUCUUAUUAUACCGAUUGAAAUUUGGAAAUUGCAUCAACUUCGUCACCUAAUAUUCGUUGACUCAUCCUCCGGAUUGAUUCUCCCGAAUCCUCCCAGUGGCGACAAUGAAAUUUUUAUCAUGGAGAAUCUGCAAACACUCAAAGGAGUGAAGAAUUUGAUUUUGAAUGAGGAGGUGGUUAAAACAAUUCCCAAUGUGAAGAAAUUGAAAUUAAGUUAUGAUAAGAAACAAAUGGAGGGAGAAAACUCUCAGCUAUCUUCAGUGCUUGAGUAA